UGCGGCGAUGCGAGCGGGCUGCGCUCGGCUCCGCUCCCUGCCUAGCCGCCCCGGCCGAGCAUGGGCUGCAUCGGCUCCAAAGGCACCCUCGUGGCUGUGGACACGACUUUGCAUGUGGAGUGGAGUGAGGUGAAGGCCCUGCCUGCCCUCUCGCCCGUGGGGAGCACCAGGACGUCGCUGGUCCACAGGCUGGUUCGGCAGAGCUCAGUGGACAGCCAGGACUCUCUCGAGGUAAAUGUUGAAGACACUGUCGAAAUGUUACCCAAGUCCCGGCGAGCGCUCACAAUCCAGGAGAUCGCUGCCCUCGCCCGGUCCUCCCUGCACGGUAUCUCGCAGGUGGUGAAGGACCAUGUCACCAAGCCCACGGCCAUGGCGCAGGGCAGGGUAGCGCAUCUCAUCGAGUGGAAAGGCUGGUGCAAGCCCACGGACUCCCCAGUGGCUCUGGAGAGCACCUUCAACUCCUACUCGGACCUGAGCGAAGGGGAGCAGGAGGCCAGAUUCGCAGCAGGUGUGGCCGAGCAAUUUGCCAUUGCUGAAGCCAAGCUGAAGGCCUGGUCCUCCGUGGACGGGGAAGACUCCAACGAUGAAUCCUACGAUGAGGACUUUGGGACAAACACCAACAGCACCCAGCCAGCUGAUGCUGCAGGCCAGCUGCCGCCCGGCUCCUUCCUGAAGGAUCUCCUCCACAGCCACCUGUGCCAGCUCAGCGUCCGGCAGGGCUCCUGCGAGCCCGAGAGCGACUCCUCCCAGACCAUCUCCCCGGAGACCCUGUGCUCCAGUUUGUGCAGCCUGGAGGACAGCCUGCUGCUCAAGGAGCUGGGCUCGCCGGGCGAACUGGCCGCCAAGCUGCUGGGCUCCCUGGCCGGAGGGGAGGAGAUGCUCCUCUCCAAGCUGCCCCCUCAGACUGGAGAAAGUGCCUUCCGGAGCCUGGGACAGCUGGAGUGCCAGGACUCCAUGUACUCCAUGUCCUACACGGAGUCCUGCCUCUCGCCCACAGAGGACGACGGGCUGCCCUGCAAGGACUACCACACGGCGUGCAAGCUGCAUGGGGACAACUGCAGGGUCAGGAGGAAAGUCUCCGACGUGGCCUCGUCAGGGGUGGUGUCACUGGAUGAGGAAGAGGAGGAAGAGGCUGAAGAGCAGUGAACAGGCUUGGUCUGUGGCAUGCUUCACCUGCCAUCUCUGUCCCACUCCGUGACACCCCCCGUCCCCUCCAGGCCCCAUUCCCAGAACCAUCUGUUCUCCUUGUGGGCGAGUCCUGUCUGGGGAUGAUGUGAGCCUUAGCCGGGCAGGGGAGGAUGGUGGAAGGAAAACCCAGCACCCCCACUGGUGGAGACUGUUCAAGCCUGAGGCCUCGCGGCCGGCCGCCGGCUGGAUUUGCUUGCUGCGUCUCUCUCUCUCUCUCUCCCCUCGUCUGUUUUUUUGCAUGAGAGUGUUUUGGGGAAAACAAAAAACCUUGAAUUGGAGCUGACUGGACCUGACGCCAUCUGGGACGGUUCUGAACAUGUCCUGCACCCCACCUCCGAACCCCUGGGGAGGCACCUUUCGCUGUCCGGGUGGCAUGGCUAGUGCUGUUAUAGCAACACGUGUCUGUUCCUAAUGAAGAUUAACCAUCCUGCCGUGGCCCCCAAGGCCCGGUGCCCAGGCACACUGUGCUGGGCUGCUCUGUACUUGACUUGGGAGGCCGUUUUUCAACCCUUUGGCACAAAACCAGCUCUUUGCUUUUCUCGUACUGGGUUUUAUAUCGUGAACCGACUCAAGGAGACGGCCGAGGGCAGAGCAGGUUUGUCGGGGCGGAGAUGGAUAGGAUUUGCCAUCUCUGCUGGGACUCCCCCCUAGUGGGGGAGGGUGGGACGAGGGGGCACGGGCUGAGCUGUGGGGAGUGCGAGAGCAGAUCUUUUUCUAUAUUUUUGUAUGUUGUCUCUGUGUGGCCCUGGCUGGGAAUGUUGGGGGACGCUCCAGGGAGACGGGGGGCAGGGACUGGUACUAGCCCGACCUCGGCAAUGAAGUAUUAACUUAGCCAUUGGACAGCUUGGCAUCCAGAGAGCUGCCGCCCGGGACUGGACAGUGGGGAGAGCUCAUGUUCCCUAUGAUGGAGUGAAUCUGACUGAUCCCAGGGAUACUUUCUGCAUGCACAGCCACGGGCACACACCUGCGCUCCCACACGUGUGCACACAAAUGCAUGGGCACACGCAGACCCCCUCAUGCCUCCACUGUUCAUGGCGUGCCAUUGAGGGUGCCCAGCAUUUUACAGCUCCCCAUUCCCACCCCAGAGAGCUGACCCUCGGCUCCUGCCGCCAGGGCUGAGUUAGGGGCUGGAUCCAAAUGGGCUGUUUUCUGGGUUGGCUGUGGCUGAAAUCUCCUGGGAUUCCAUGCAAAGCCUCACCCCCCGGCUUGGGCUCAAACCUAGCCCCCAAAUCCAGCCCCGGCAGCCCUUCGGUCUAGCUCUGCGCACCACUGGGGCGCACACGCAGAUCUGAGCGCACACUCGUACACGACAGGGCCAAGGGCCUGCAAUGGGCCAGUGGGAAACAAAACCCAAAUCCCAGCUGUGGUGAGUGCUCCAGGUCCCUGUCCCGCUUGCUGAAGUGGGAGCCCCAUCCCCUCUGGCAGGGGGGCUCAGGCUGGCUCCAGGUGGCUGCAGCUUUUCACCUGACGGUUCAGGAAUGCUGAAGCUGGAACCCAGAGGAAAUGCAGGGGCCCGGCAGGGCCCGGGGGAAUCUCAGCCUUGC